UCACACAUACACCUAUAUUAUAGAGAGAGAGAGAAAGGGUAAUGGAUGAUCGGCCACAAGUUUUAGAUUAUAAAAAACAGCAGAAGAAUUAGUUUCAACUUAAGAGCCAAGUUUGAUACAUACAUAGCCAGAAAGAGAACAGCAGCUGCUUGAGGGAGGUAAUGGAAGAUCGCCCACCCGGUUUUAGAUUCUACCCAACAGAAGACGAAUUGGUUUCGUUUUAUCUGCAUAACAAGCUAGAAGGAAGGAGACAAGAUCUCCACCGGGUUAUACCUGUUGUCGAUAUCUACGACUACAACCCAUGGGACCUCCCACAAUUUGCAGGAGAGCUUUGUCAAGGAGACACUGAGCAGUGGUUCUUCUUCAUCCCUAGACAAGAGAAAGAGACCCGUGGAGGAAGACCGAAUAGGCUCACGGCUUUCGGAUACUGGAAAGCUACUGGAUCUCCGGGGUCUGUUUUCUCCGAUAAUAAUCGAAUAAUUGGAAUGAAGAAAACAAUGGUUUUCUACACAGGAAGAGCUCCAAGUGGAAAGAAGACUGAAUGGAAGAUGAAUGAGUAUAAAGCCAUUAAAGGAGAAGCACCUUCAUCAACUAGUACAACUCCUAAGUUAAGACAAGAAUUCAGUUUGUGUCGAAUCUACUUAAAAUCCAAAUCUUUACGAGCAUUUGACAGACGACCCACAAGAGUGACGAGAAUUGAAGCUUCAGGUCACGAACUUCGUCGUGGCAAUGAGGCAACACCAUCAUCGCUUCAAAACCAACCAAUGAGGGAGAGAACAAGCUCACCGGAUAGCCCAUCUUCAGGAGACCAUGCCAAUCCAUCACAAAAUAUCGAAAAAGAUAGUUGGGAUGUGCCUGCUGAUAAUGAUCCCAUUUGGGAUUUGGAACAGUUCAAUUGGUUUGACUGAAGAAAAACAGAAUUGGAUAGGAUCUACAACUAAAAUGGGCAAGCAACCAACAAUGGUGAGACUAUCAUCAAAAUUUAAUAAAGACAGCUAACAACUUAGUAAUGGUAAACAAAUGUCCCCUUAAACACAACAACAAACAAGUUUAAAUCGGCUUACAUACAUUCGCUUACUUGCGUUGUUUCCCCUCAAAUUAUCCUAGUCAAUCCAAUCUUAUUUGUCUGGAGAUGGAGUCAUCUUGCUUGGUAAGAAGCUUUUAUGUGUA